UAAUAAAAUAUAUAUUUUUAAUAUCAUGAGCUCAUGUUAUCAGAAUAUUAUAACAAAGUUGUCAUUUCUGUAUGGCCUAUACAUAGUGAAACAACUUUGUUUUUUACAUAUAAAUUUUAAAACUUAUAAAAUUAAAGCCUGAAUACUCCUCAUGCGUCCUCAGAGUUGAAUGCUGAUACUAACAGAGCUAUAAAACGAGUACACAGGUUUGUCUUCAUACUUUAUUGUGUGAAGUUGAAUUCAACACUAGUAUGUUUAUUAGAUUCACCCAAUUGACUAAAAUUUUAUAAGUCUAAAAAUUUAUCAAAAAUGCGCCAUUCAUCAUUUAAUAAAUUGAUUUUUAAUAAUAUUUUAAACAUACCUGUUCAAAAAUAUUACUUAUUUUAUCUUGUGCUUCCAUUUUUUGAAAUUUUUCAGUUUUUAAUGCUUCAUUACCAGCUUUUUCUACUAUUUUAUAUAAUUCUUCUUUUUCUAUUAAAGGUUCAUCUUUCAUUAUCUGAUAAAUAACAGAAAAAAAAGUAAUAUGAUUUAAUGGUGAAGUAAUAAGAAAAUUAUAAAUUUUGUUAUAUAAUAAUUC